AUGGUGGUGGUCCUGUGGUGGUGGUCCCGUGGUGGUGGUCCCGUGGUGGUGGUCCCGUGGUGGUGGUCCCGUGGUGGUGGUCCCGUGGUGGUGGUCCCGUGGUGGUGGUCCCGUGGUGGUGGUCCCGUGGUGGUGGUCCCGUGGUGGUGGUCCCGUGGUGGUGGUCCCGUGGGUGGUCCGUGUGGUUGGUCCCGUGGUGGUGGUCCCGUGGUGGUGGUCCCGUGGUGUGGUGGUCCCGUGGUGGUGGUCCCGUGGUGGUGGGUGGUCCCGUCUCGUGGUGGUGGUUCCGUGGUGGUGGUCCCGUGGUGGUCCCGUGGUGGUGGUCCCGUGGUGGUGGUCCCGUGGUGGUGGUCCCGUGGUGGUGGUCCCGUGGUGGUGGUCCUGUGGUGGUGGUCCCGUGGUGGUGGUCCCGUGGUGGUGGUCCCGUGGUGGUGGUCCCGUGGUGGUGGUCCCGUGGUGGUGGUCCCGUGGUGGUGGUCCCGUGGUGGUGGUCCGUCCGCCCGCCACUGA